AUGAAGUCAGAUGAUAGAGCACAAAUGGAGUCGCUAGCUGUGUCGCCAAUCACAGCACAAGGGAAAUCCGAAGAUACAAAAGAAAUGGAGUCGCCAGCCAUGUCACAAGUUAUCACUCAACUGAAGUCCAAAAAUAAAAUACAGAUGACAUCACUAGUCACAGAACAAAUGAAGUCAGAAUAUACAAUAGAAAGGGCAUCUCUAGCCAUGUUGCCAGAUAAUAUGCCACAAGAGAAGUGCAAAGAUACAACAAAAGUGAUGUCAUCAUUUGCAAUGUCAGUUACAACACUAGAGACGUCAGAAGAUAUAACAAAAAUAAUGUGGAUAGCCAUGUCACCAAUCAUGGCACAACUGAAAUGUGGAGAAACAGUUCAAACAGCAUCCCCAGCUGUGUUGCCGGUCACAAGACAAGAGAAAUAUGAAGAUAUGAUACACAUAUCAUCGCCAGCCAUGUCAACAAGUAUGGGACAAGUGAAAUGCGAAGAAACAACAAACUUGGUAUCGGCAACUGUGUUGCCAGUUACAAUGCAAGAGAAGUCUCAAAAUAUAUCACGUACAACUUCACCAGUCAUAGCUGAAGUGAAGUCAGAAGAUAGUACACAAAUAAUGUGGAUAGCCAUGUCACAACUCAUGGCACAACUGGAAUGUGGAGAAACAGUUCAAACAGCAUCCCCAGCUGUGUUGCCAGUCACAAGACAAGAGAAAUCUGAAGAUAUGAUACAAAUAUCAUUGCCAGCCAUGUCAACAAGUAUGGGACAAGUGAAAUGCGAAGAAACAACAAAAUUGGUAUCGGCAACUGUGUUGCCAGUUACAAUGCAAGAGAAGUCUCAAAAUAUAUCACGUACAACUUCACCAGUGAUAGCUGAAGUGAAGUCAGAAGAUAGAACACAAAUAAUGUGGAUAGCCAUGUCACCACUCAUGGCACAACUGGAAUGUGGAGAAACAGUUCAAACAGCAUCCCCAGCUGUGUUGCCAGUCACAAGACAAGAGAAAUCUGAAGAUAUGAUACAAAUAUCAUUGCCAGCCAUGUCAACAAGUAUGGGACAAGUGAAAUGCGAAGAAACAACAAAAUUGGUAUUGGCAACUGUGUUGCCAGUUACAAUACAAGAGAAGUCUCAAGAUAUAUCACAUACGACUUCACCAGUCAUAGCUGAAGUGAAGUCAGAAGACAGAACACAAAUAAUGUGGAUAGCCAUGUCACCACUCAUGGCACAACUGGAAUGUGGAGAAACAGUUCAAACAGCAUCCCCAGCUGUGUUGCCAGUCACAAGACAAGAGAAAUAUGAAGAUAUGAUACACAUAUCAUCGCCAGGCAUGUCAACAAGUAUGGGACAAGUGAAAUGCGAAGAAACAACAAACUUGGUAUUGGCAACUGUGUUGCCAGUUACAAUGCAAGAGAAGUCUCAAAAUAUAUCACGUACAACUUCACCAGUCAUAGCCGAAGUGAAGUCAGAAGAUAGAACACAAAUAAUGUGGAUAGCCAUGUCACCACUCAUGGCACAACUGAAAUGUGGAGAAACAAUUCAAACAGCAUCCCCAGCUGUGACUCCAGGCAAAAGACAAGAGAAGUCUGAAGAAUCAAUACAAACGGCGUCGCCAACCAUGGCGCCACAAGUUAAGUCCAAAGAUACAUAUCAAAUAUCGAAGCCAGACAUGCCACCACUCACAUCACGAAGAAAAUCAGCAGAUAUGACGCAUAUGGUGUCACCAGCUGCGCUGCCAGGCAUGUCUGGAUCUGCCAGACGAAUGGCGUCAGCACCGAAAAUGCAAGUGGCAUCCCAAGAGACAUCUUCAGCCGCAACACGAGUGGCGUCUAUGAGCAGUGUUACAUGCUGCUAUAUGAGUGGGACUGCAAACCCUAAUGUCACUUACAACUUGAAACACAAGUCCAACCCCGUCAUGAGCCACAAUACAAGAUGCACCUCCAAACCCAUCAGCGGCUUCAUUACAAGAGGCAUCUUCCAACCAUUUGCAAGCUACAAUGCAAGAGGCGCCUCCCAACCUUUUUCCCAUUACAAAGCAAGAAGCAUCUCCCAGCCCAUCGCCAGCUGGAAUAGAAAAGGCAUAUUCCAACCAAUGGCCAGCUACGUUGGAAGAGACAUCUCCCAACCUAUUUCCAGUUACAGGGGAAGAGGCAUCUACCAACCCAUCGCCAGCUGUAAUAGAGAAGGCAUCUUCCAACCGAUAGCCAGCUACAUUGCAAGAAACAUCUCCCAACCUGCUUCCACUUACAGUAGAAGAGGCAUGUCCAAUCCCAUCAAGAGCUACAAUAGAAGAGGUAUCUCUCAACCGAUCGCCUGCUAUAAUGCAAGAGGCAUCUCCCAACCUAUUUACAGUUAUAUUAGAAGAGGCAUCCCCCAACCCAACGCCAGCUUCAAUAGAAGAGGCAUCUUCCAACCGAACGCCAGCUUGAAUGGAAGAGGCAUCUCCGAAUCUACUUCCAGCUACAAUAGAAGCUACAGCUAUAAUACAAGAUGCAUAUCCCAUACAACCACCAAUUACAAUACUAGAGGCAUAUCCCAACCCUUCGCCAGCUACAGCAAGAAUCGUAACAUGGGCCACAUCACCAGCCUCACUUCCAAAUACAACAUGAGUCAUGUUGCCUAUCCAAUCGCAGUUUACAACACAACUCGUGUCAACAGUGCCACUGCCAGCUACAACAGCAGUCACGUUUCCAGCGUUUUUUUCUAA